AUGCCUGGCGUUGCUGAGGUGGAGCAGCAGCUUCUGCUGUUCGAGGCGGCCGGGGUUCUGCUGGGCUGCAGGCAGCAGCUGCAGGGUCGGACCGCGAACGCCGCCCAAGAGCACGUCGUGCUACUGCAUGCAUUGCUGGCGAAGGCCACGGCGGCCUUUACUACCCAGAUUCCUUCUGGGGGGGACGCCGCCUCGGCAGUGGCCGUGUAUUGCUCGCGUUGCGCCAACGCGUUGGCUUCUCUUUCAAAGGGUUUUCAGCCCUUCAAGCAACCGGUCCCCCCCACGGCGAGUGGGGGGGCCAUUGGGGGUGCCUUGUGCAAUUCAGAGACUGAGGCAGAGGCCUCCGUACUGGGUGAAUAUAAGAAAUCCUGGCUACAGGCGUUGCAGCUCUUCACGGACGCUGUUCGCGUUGCCGGGGCAGAGGGCAGCCCUCUAGAGGUUGGAGGCACUAGCCUUGUGCUGCUUCCUCCUUUCCUGCAUGCAUCAGUCUUCCUCUUGCGGCGGCUUCUCUCUCUUUUGGGGCCCCUCGCAGCCUCUUCCAUUGGUGCUCUGCUACCGUUGCUGUAUGAUGCUGUCCUGGUGGAAGCUGACGGUGCAGCGCAGGCAGCGGCUGCAUCGAGUAGCCUGCAGCAGCAGCAGCACUCCCCAGAACUCGCCGCUGAGCUUCUUAGCGGCUUCUUCAUGCAGCUCUUUGUGUCCUUGAAGGGGCCUCCUCUCCUGUUCUUGCUACUGCAACAUUUCCCUCUGUAG